GCCAGGCAUGCACACAGUACAUAUACAUAAUGCAGAGAAAGUAAAAUAACUAUAUGUGUUACUUCUGAGGAGCUGGAGAGGUUGCUCAAUAGUUAAACACACUUGUUGCUCAGUCCUGAGACCCUGCAUUUGGAUCCCACCAUCCACGCAGCAAGUGGCUCACAAACGCCUAUCAUUCCAGCUCCCAGACACUUAACACUCUCUUCUGGACUCCAGGGGUUCUCAUACAGACACACACACAUGCGCACACAGAGACAAAUAAAUCUUAAAAAUUAGUAUGAAGAGAAAUAUGUAUGAGAUAUGCUUUUAGUUGGUUUCUUAUUUAGGACAGAAAUGCGCUCUGAAGUCAUAUGAACUUCAAGCUCAUGGAACACUUGAUAAAAUGUUUUUCUUUGCCUUCAGUAGAAUCUCUCUCCAGGAGUGUUAGACAAGAUUGAGGCCUCCAUUUUCUUGGAAGUCUAUGGAACAAGAGUGUAAACAAUCAUGAUCAUGACUUGUAAACAGGCAGGGAUAAUAAACUCCUAAGUAUGAGAGGCCUGAACGUCAUAAUGGAUUCCUGAAGAUUACAGUGACCAUAACUUUAAGAUUAUUCCAAGAUAUGUAGGUCAUCCUUACUUUCAAGUUUCCAAUUUUUAAAUAUUUCUUAUCAUUAUUUAUAUGCAUGUGUUUGUAUGUUUGUGUGAAUGUAUGUCACAUGCGUGCAAAUACAUGGAGACCAGAGGGGGACACUGGAUUCCCUGGAGCUGGAGUUACCGGUGGUUGUGAACCACUCAGUGUGGGUGCUGGGAACUGAACUCACGUCCUCUAGAAAGGCAGCAAGCGCUCUUUACCCACAGAGCCAUCUCUUCAGGGCCUCUAGUUUUAGGCUUAUGUGAGACUGGAAGGCAGCGUGAAUGAAUCACUGGCUCAGACUUACCUGUACAUUAUAAUCCCCCUCACAGCUCCCUGCAGCCCACCCCUCACCCUGGACGGUUAAGCCUUUGUCAUAUAGAACCGUAUUUGAGGAUCAGCGCGAGAUAGUGAGAGGCCCUGGAGUCAAACUGCCUGGCUUCCCGUCUUAGUCAGGCCAGUCUUUGUCCAGGUCAUUCCAAUUGUCCAGGAGGCCUGACUGAAACAAUGCAUGCAGUCACCGAAAAGAAGGCAGGCAUGUAGUGAAUUCUCUAGUAAUUGCUAGUAACUAGAAGUUUUGUUGUUGCUUGCUUGUUUCCUUGAGACAGGUCCUCAGUAUGUCGCUCUAGCGGGCCUGGAGCUCACGAUAUAGCCCACCAUGCGAGGCAACUCACAUCUUUUAAAUAUUCCUUCCACACAAACCCAUUUUACACGUAUUCUUUUGUUUGUUUUUGUUUGGCAGGGUGAGAAGGUUGAGGCACUCUGUGUGUCCUAGGAUGGCCUAGCUAACCGUUUGUUUCUGCCUCCUGAGUGCCGGGAUUUUAGCUACCAUACCCAGGGCUGCAAGUGUUAGGUAUCUAUCUACCUUCUCACAAGUGUGAUAAAACACAGCAAACAAGUAUGUAGGUGCACCUGCCUCACCCCCUCGAAGUUAUCCUCUUUCGUGUCUCUCUCCUCCGUCAAAUCAUAAUAAACCUAGGCUAGGAGCCCUAUCUUACUCCUGCCCAGCCCUGGUACCCAGCACCCAGCGCCGCUGAUUGGCAGCUCUGCAUGCCGUAAGCAUCGGGAGACUAGGUUCUGGUGGGUGCUGGCUUUGCCACUUACAGGCUAACAGCGAGCCACCCACUCGUUCUUCCGAGGUGUGGCUCAACUCUAGAGCCCGGAUCUGUCACCCGGUACGUGAUGAACCCACGUCUCCGCACGGCGCAUGCGAACGACUGCGGCAUGUGCCCGCCAGGGGGCAGCAGAGCACACCCGGCCAGCUCGCGUCGCCCCACGUCAGAGCGGAUGCCCCGCCCCGUGACCGUGACUGUGACCGUGACCGAGGGCUGCGCGGGGGCCAGGGUGCGACAGGAGCAAUGGGGGAGGAGGCGGGGGUGCGGCCCGAGCUGGUGCGAGAGGCGGAGGUCAGCCUGCUGGAGUGCAAGGUGUGUUUCGAGAGGUUCGGCCACCGGCAGCAGCGGCGCCCACGCAACCUGCCCUGUGGCCACGUGGUCUGCCUGGCCUGCGUGGCCGCCCUUGCGCACCCGCGAUCGCUGGCCUUCGAAUGCCCCUUCUGCCGGCGGGCCUGCAGAGCCUGCGACACCAGCGACUGCCUGCCGGUGUUGCACCUUCUGGAGCUCCUGGGCUCCAGGCUUCGCGCGUCCCCGGCUGCCCUCAAUGCCGCUCCCUGCGGGCCCAGGGUGCUCACCUGUCACCACGCCUUUGGCGGGUGGGGGACCCUGGUGAACCCCACGGGGCUUGCACUGUGUCCCAAGACCGGACGGGUCGUGGUCGUGCACGAUGGUAAGAGGAGGGUCAAGAUCUUUGACACCGGAGGAGGAGGCGCACACCAGUUUGGAGAGAAGGGGGACGCAGCACAUGACGUGAAAUACCCACAGGACGUCGCUGUCACCAAUGACUGCCACGUGGUUGUCACCGACGCUGGCGACCGCUCCCUGAAAGUAUUUGAUUUCUUCGGCCAGAUCAAGCUGGUUGUGGGAAAGCAGUUUUCCCUGCCUUGGGGUGUGGAGAUCACCCCUCAGAACCAGGUCCUGAUGACUGACACAGAGGCAGGGACCUUGCACCUGCUGGAAGUGGACUUCCCCGAAGGGGUCCUUCGGAGGACCGAGAGAUUGCAAGCUCAGCUCUGCAGUCCCCGUGGGGUGGCUGUGUCUUGGCUCACCGGGGCCAUCGCGGUCAUAGAGCACCCCUGGGCCUUGGGGACCUCAGGCAACAACACACGGGUGAAGGUGUUCAGCGCCACGAUGCAGCUGAUUGGCCAGGUGGAUAGCUUCGGACUGAACCUCCUCUUUCCCUCCAAAAUAACGGUCUCAGCUGUGACCUUCGAUCCCCAGGGAAACGUGAUUGUCGCAGAUACCUCCGGACCAGCCAUCAUAUGCUUGGGGAGACCUGAGGCGUUUCCGGCCCUGAAGCCCAUGGUCACACAUGAACUUUCUCGUCCUGUGGCACUGACCUUCACCAAGGAGAAUUCCCUUCUUGUGCUGGAUUCGGCUUCCCACUCUGUAAAAGUCUUUAAAGUGCUGGAGGGUAAUGGAGGGUGAUGGGGACCCGCGGUCCUGGAGUUAGAAGUCCUGGUGUCCUUAGCAGUGAAUAGCACCCUGCAUGAGUCACUGUCAUUCAUCCAUCCUGGCAGGAAUAAUGGGAGCUGCCUGGCCGAAGCGCUGGGUGUGAGACAGUUAUUGAAGACUAAUAAUGAAAUUUGUCACUUAGUGAACGUCUGUCUGUUCCCGCUGUUAGGAAAUGAGUAAGUCUUAGCUCGUUGGCUCCUUAACAUGAAGAGAUGUGAUUUCUGUUAUUAGUCCCAUUUCAGAGAUGAGAAGGCAGAUCCAGAGAAUUUCGUAUGAUGUCCUCGAGUCGUUUGUACUGGGACAGUCACAACUGAACUCAUUCUGACUGCAAACCCCUUGCUCUUAAAUAUGAUGCCAGAUGUUAAAAAAAAAUGUGAGUAUGUCUUAUGUAUGUUCCCCCUACACGUAGCUAACUGGUUAAGUGCACCGAGAACCAAAAGAAAGGGGUCUCCGUGGAGUUUCCAGGAGGAAAAGGAUUGUGUUUGGGUGUCAGUCACCUUUAUCUGGGAUUAGUACUGAUCCCAAGACUUGUAUAAGAAACACAGUUGAAGUCUUGCUUAUCAGGCAAGACUUAUAACUAUAUAAAAGGUAGUCUAGUUGCUCUCCAUAAAACCCUCGGAGGAGACUGUGCGCCUCCUCUACGGAUCCUGUCUGGAGUCUAGUUGGUAGUGUGUGCCAAUAAUCCCAGCACUUGAGAAGAUGUGGAGUUCGAUGCCAUCGACAGCCACUGAGUUUGAGGCUAGCCUGGGCUACAUGACAUUCUGUCCUUUUUAGAUAGGUGCCAGUGUUUCCUCCUCCACAGGCACUGGGCGCACCCCUGAGUGAUGUUUGAGCAGAGCCUCCAGAGCCACUGCCUGCUAGUGGCAUGGACAGCUGAGACUCAUCUGUUAAUUAGGAGAUGCCAUCCCAGCACCUUCAUGGCAGGAAUGGUUUCGUUUGCUAUGUGGUCCUCUCUGCCGCCUAAAGUCCUUUGUGAUGGGAGUUUUCUCUGUGCGCUUUAAAAUGUGGUUCUGACGCUGUCCGCUCAAUAAACAGUUGCCUCGUCCUUUUUGAGCACUGUAAACACGUCUUGCACUGAAACAUGACCUUGGCCCAUGCAAGGGCUCCUUAACGCCGCAAUUAAGGAGGGGAAUAGGAGGAAAUUUGGGUGAAGUGCUGAUCCUCUGUAUGCUUUAUUUUUUUUUUUAAGCAAGUGCAAAAAUCUUCGAGUUGAAAUUGUACCGAAUAACUUAAAGCUCUGAAGCAGCAGGGAAAUGUUUUCUGGGGGCUGCUCUCAAAAGGUGACAGUUUGCGUUAGACAGUAAUGGAUACCUUGUCAGCAAAAACGGUAUUCUUUUAGCCAAAGAGGCUGUUUGCUUCAGAGACAAGGUCUUGUACGUCCUAGACUAGCCUUGGCCUUGACCUUCAACUUCGGAUCCUCCUGUGUCCACCUCCCAAAAACCGGUUGACAGGCUUGCACUGAAACGCCUGGGGUUCUAUGGUACGGGAGGUAGAUAGAACCCAGGGCUUCUACCUGCUAAGCAAGCCCCUCUACCCACUGAAUUACAAAGAGUUUUAAGAGAGAUAUUGUAUCCAGUGAAGGUCGCCCCAAAGGUAUGAGUGAGAUAUCUUCCAAAAGAUACGAAAGCUGACAUUAGGAGCCCAAAACGAAAGCCCACCUCCCAUGCCAGUCCAUAAAAAUUCAUGUCGCUUUUAUUUAAAAGUUAUUACACUUAUUUACUCGGUGUGUGGGUGUGCAUGCCAUCCUGUGUGUGGAGAUCAGCAGACAGCUUGAGUGAGUCUGUUCCCUUCUGCCACCUUCUGGGACCUGGGGAUUGAACUCAGGGCAUUGGCCUUGGUGGCAAGCACCUUUACUCCCAGCUCCUCCCCCCCCCCCCCCCCCCCCCCCCUUUCCCCCCCCCCCCCCCCCCCCCCCCCCCCCGCACUGUUGUUUUCCCUGCUCCCAUCACAUAGCACGGACAGUAGCAUCUCGGGUAUCCCGCAGCACCGUUGGUCCUCUGGUGGGAACUCCAGUGGUUGAUUUCUCCCGUCACUUGUUCUUCAGCUGGAUAUGGUGCCACAUACCGAUCGAUAAUCCUAGCACUGGAUAUGGUGGCACAUACCGAUCGAUAAUCCUAGCGCUCAGUUCGCUGAGGCCAGCUUGGGCUACAUCGCCAGACCCUGCCUCAAACAAAAUUAAAUAAAUUCUCACUGGUGAACGAGGGACUUCACAGCUAUUUUGACGGUAUAACAGCAAAACUUCUAGAGGGAAAUGUGAGUUCACUGGUGAGGAGGGAAGCAAACUGUGGAUCGGUCUUAUAAUGUCUUCCUUCCGAACCACGGCUUUUCGAUGACGUUAGUGUUCGUUGACCCAAUUCAAAAGAUUUUUUUUUAAAAAAAAAAAAUUAUCAGUCACAUUUUUUAGCCUACGCUCUAUGGUGUAUCUAUAAGGGACCAGCACCCAGGGUGGUUGUGAGGCGUGGCUGUCAUCAGGUGGAGAGUCAGCUGUGGGUUUGAACACCGGGCCAGCGUACCCUGGAGAUGUGAUGACUGAAACUGGUACCCUGGGUAACAGCUUGUCUUCCUUGGGAAUAGGGUGGGUCAGGGUACACAGCAAGAAGCAUCUAGGGCAGCUCUUCCUGCGAGUCAGUGUGAUACGGAGCAGUUUGUCUGUUCUGCAUCUCCAAGCAUCCUCGGCUGAGGGACUCAUGUCAUCAACUUGUGACGUGGAUCUAAAUUUUGUCUUCUGUGCCAAGUUCUUUCAAGCACACUGAACUCCAGGUAGCUAAAGGUGUUGAGGAGUUCUCAGAUAAUCAAGAAGAAAUGGUUCCGGCAGACCACACAGGGUGCCAACGUGAUGGGGGAGAGAUGGAAUGAGACAAGAACAUAUGACCAGGAGUAAAGAACAAAAGAGACGAAUUCUUCCAGGGCACCGGUGAUGGCCAUCUAGUGACCGCAGAAGCAAACACAGUGCCUGCUUCACGCUCUCUCAUCACCUUCCACUCUUCCCCUCGGGCAUUAUCAGCUGAUUUUGACCUCACUCUGCUCUCUAGACCUGGCUUUCUCCAUCUUUUGCCUUUGGCAUUUUCUAAGAAUGGCUCAGAGUCUUAACUCUCUGCUACAGAAACCCUAGCUUUGGUACCGAGGGCUGAAACCAUCAAACUUGCUAGGUCCUUGUUUAGACCUGUCAGGGUUCCACUUGGAGGGGGUGCAGACCCCUCUGGAGAUUAGCUAUAUGAACUUUUGAGGAAUAAGUGUAAUUCCAUAUAUAUCAGAAAAAUGAACAAGAACUGAUGGUCACAGAUUUAAUGUUCCUUAUGUUUGGCCCAGACAAAAGAAAUACACCCUGGGGACAAGCCAGAUCACAGUGAGGAGGCUCUAGGCAGAGAAAAGAACCCACUAGAGUACUUGGGUGAGGAUGCAUUCCUUGUGGGAUAAUCUUUUUUGUACACUGUGAAGAUGCAUCUGCCUAAAGCAGGUUGGUUUAAUAAAGUGCUGAAUGGCCAAUAGCUAGGCAGGAUUAAAUAGGUGGACUUCUAGGGGGAGAGAAGGGAACUCAGGAAGAAUCUGAGGUGCAUUGAAUUAAGCAAGCAAGGUGCAGAGCAAGUGGGACCUAUGGUAUGGAGGAGAGGUAACGGGCCAUGUGGCAGAAUGUAGAUGAAUGUAAAUGGGUUAGUUUAGGUUAUAAGAGCUAGUUGGGAACAAGCCUAAGCUAAGGCCAAACAUUCAUAAUUAAUAAGAAGUGUCUGUGUCAUUAUUUGGGGGGCUGGUGGUCCAAAGAAAGUCCAACAAGAAUGACUCACUACACGCACUGGCUGGCCAGGAAGAUGGCUCAGCCAGUGAAGGCGCUUGUCACCAAACCUAACUACCUGAGUUGGAUCCCUAGGUCAGAAGAGGGCACUGGGACUGGAGGUACAGAUGGUUGUGAGCUGCUUUAUGGGUACUGGAAAUUGGACCCAGAUCCUCUGGAAGAGCAGCCAGUGCUCAUAACCACUGAGCCAUCUCUCUAACCCAGAGAAUGGGUUGUUUGUUUUUUUAAACACUCCUUGCCCACCAAGGUGCUUUUCUUGUUCACCCAAAGUUGGAUAUCCCUUCUCUACCCUACUAACUCAGAACCUAAAUGUCCCUUCAUGGUAUCGUUUCCACUGUGCCCACUAUUUGCCCCUGUAGCACCCCCAGUGAUGUUUGGGGGGAGAAGGAAUGCCACUCUUGGCAGGACUCAGAGCCUAGGCCCACAACAAAGAUGGACUGUCCACUUCUGAGUGUUGCAUGAUCUAUGCGAUGGUCCUUCUUUGACCAGCUAGAGAGCAGUCAGCAAAUAUGAAGGGACUUGUUUCUGAGCUGGAAGGUCUCCAACAGGGUGUGGGGGAGAAGGUUUCAUGAUGGGAAUCAAGUUCAGUGAAUUUCUUUAAAUCAACUACUGAUUUUUUUUGUUUGUUUGUUUUUUGUUUUUUCGAGACA